AGCAACAUGGCUUCAAUGUUCUCAAAGCAAACAUAACUAAGCUAAUAUCAGCUAAUAUAACUUCAAAUGUCAGGACCAAUGACAGCUCCGAAACACACAGGAAUGGAAGAACAUCAUUUCAAUCACAGAGCGCGUAAACGUAUCAAGGAAGUCAAAGCUAAAGCUCGCCCAGAGCUUAGCACGAAGGAAUCAUGGACUCAGAUGGGCUACGCAGAUGAUUUUGCUGGCUUCUGGGACUUCGAGGACAACUGUGAUCGAGUCAUUGAGUCCGAUUGCAGCAUGGCAGAUUUUGUUGAUAAAUAUGAGUCUAAGUAUAAGCCAGUAGUUAUACAAGGAUCUCAAGACAAUUGGAAAGCCCAGAAAAAAUGGACAUUGGAAAAGCUUGGCAAAAAAUACAGAAACCAGAAAUUUAAAUGUGGUGAAGACAAUGAGGGUUAUAGUGUGAAGAUGAAAAUGAAAUAUUAUAUUAACUACAUGCUAACUACUAAAGAUGAUAGUCCACUGUAUAUAUUUGAUAGCAACUUUGGUGAGCAUCCCAGACGAAGGAAACUGUUAGAUAGUUAUGAAAUACCAACAUAUUUUCGAGAUGAUCUCUUCAAGUAUUCAGGGGAGAGUCGUAGACCACCUUACAGGUGGUUUGUCAUGGGACCCGCACGUUCUGGUACAGGGAUUCAUAUAGAUCCAUUGGGAACCAGCGCUUGGAAUGCCCUUAUAUCUGGGCACAAAAGGUGGUGCCUAUUUCCUACACACACUCCCAAAGAACUAUUGAAAGUUACUGGAGUACUAGGAGGCAAGCAACGUGACGAGGCUAUCACCUGGUUCAACGUAAUCUAUCCUCGUACCAAAUUACCCACUUGGCCCAGUGAUUGUCAGCCUAUUCAAAUCCUGCAGAAACCUGGAGAGACGGUUUUCGUUCCUGGAGGUUGGUGGCACGUCGUCCUCAAUUUGGAUAACACGAUUGCAGUGACUCAAAACUUCUGCAGUAGAGUCAAUUUCCCAAUAGUCUGGCACAAGACUGCCAGAGGUCGACCAAAGCUCUCGAAAAAAUGGCAGAAAAUUCUUCAGGAAAAUGAACCGGACCUGGCAGAAAUCGCUGAUCGAAUAAAUAUUGAGAGACCAUCUGGUGUGGCUUCGGAUAGCUCCAGUAACUCAUCUUCGAGCUCGAGUUCGGACUCAGAGAGUUCAAACUCCGAGGACGAAGAUAGUGGUCAAGAAUCGCUCUCUGCUAAAAAACGCAAGAAGUGCGACAACGAACCCGGGAAGACUUGCAAGAUCUCUAAAAGGGAAACCACUAGUUAAAUUUAUAAAUACAUACUAUUUCUUUUUAACAGUUUUACACCAGAGCUGCGCUCUUAUUCCCAUAACUUUUGCGUUUCUUUUUUAGAUUUCUUUUUAUAUAUGUUUUGUUUUGAAAAUGAAGUCAUUUAUUGUUGUUAACAAUUCUCGUUAAACAAAAGAACAAAUAUUCUUUCAUGUUAGGAUUUAGUCAAAUGCUUAUUUUUGUAUGAUUGAUAAAAAAAAAUAACAAAUAUGUAUGACCAUAAGUAUUGUGAUUAACUGUGGUUCCUGAUGUUAAUUACUGAGAUUUCAUCAGUUAUCAAUUAAAGAGAAAACAUCACUAAUAACAGGCAGACACAGAAGCAACAAAUACAGGAAUUACGAUCGUAAAGUAAAUAGAUAUAAUAUGAGAAAAAAUCCUAUCAAAGUAUUAUAAAAUAUAUAUAGCCAAGUAGAUUUUAGACACGUAUAUGUUAUGUGUGCCUUUGGUCCUACUGAAUACAAAUACAAAAUAAAUAAAAUUAUAGUCAAUCCA